AUGUCGUUUUUUGGGUUUGAUCCUACUGCGCAACAGCAUGCACGUCCGCAACAACAACAACAACAACAACGUCAGCAGCAGCAACAACAACAGCAACCAUUGGAUUUCGAAGAGACUUACAAAGGUUAUGGUGAUUAUGAACCUGAGGAGGAAGAUUUCUUAAAUGAUGAAACAUUUGGGAAUAAUGUCGAAUUAGGUAAUAAUUUUGAUUUCGGUCAUUCACAACAACAGCAACAACAGCAACAACCUGCUGCUGCUGUAGCUGCUGCUCAUGUGACUCACAGAUCCUAUGUUGCCGCUGCCGCAUCGGGAACUUCACAACAAGCUCACAUGGACGCGGCUGUCGACUUGAGACCAAUGGAGUCUCUGUGGAACCCAAAUGCUGCUCCUGCUCAUGCAGGUCAAGCUGCCGCUGGUGAACAGGUCGAACAACAGCCUCGAGUCUUAUCAAUGGAAGAAAUCGAAAGAAAUCAACGUCAAAUGCAAAUGCAUCCUCCUCCUUUGCCACCUCAAGGUUAUCCUGCUGUUCAGGGUUAUCCAAUGCCUCCAGGUAAUUUCAUGCCUCCACCAGGUCAAAAUUAUCCAAUGAUGGCGCCUCCUCAACAACAGCAGCAAUUUCAACAACAGAUGCGUCCAGUGUUUAAUCAACCUAAUUACAUGGGUUAUCCUGGUAAUGCUCCACCUCCUCAUCAACAACAACCUCAGCAACAACAGCAACAGCCUCAGCAACAAAUGGUGCCUCCUCAAAUGCAAAUGCCUCCUCAACAACAAAUGCAACAAGCACCACCACAUGAGCAGAAGAUUGCUCCUCAAGUUGCUGUACCUCAGAUGGCUCGUUCUUCUUCCAGUUUAUCCCAAUCCUCAAAUGAAAGAGAAAACUUCAAGAGUCACCAAAGACAGUCUCAUCAAAGACAGCCUCGUAACAGAGAACCUUUAACCCCAGAGGAACAAAAGAGACUAGAAGUUCGUCACGCCAAAGUUGAAAAGAUCUUGAAGCAUUCAGGUCUAAUGACUCCUCGUGACAAAGAUUUCAUCACUCGUUACCAAUUAUCUCAAAUUGUUACUGAAGACCCUUACAAUGAGGAUUUCUAUUUUCAAGUUUAUAAGAUUAUUCAACGUGGUGGUGUCGUCGGCGAAUCCAAUAAAGGUCUGAUUGCAAGAGCCUACUUGGAACAUUCAGGUCAUAGACUAGGUGGCCGUUACAAACGUGCUGAUAUCGCUUUACAAAGAAUGCAAAGUCAAGUUGAAAAAGCUGUCACUGUUGCUAAGGAAAGACCACUUCGUAAACAAGAAAAAGAGCAAAGUAGAGAAAAUAGUAACAAUGAGGGUUCUAACUCUGCAGGCUCUUCAACUACUGGACAAUCUAAUGAUAACCGUGAUGGUGUCCUUGGUAAAAUCUCUUCUUCACUGAAUAGUAAAGCUCCACGUAGACAACUACAAAUUCCAACUUCGAAUAAGACACUACUAAACUCAUUGUUAGUCAAUGAUGAACAUGCCACCGCAACAAAGCCAACAAACCCAGAUGCACUAAUGGAGGUCACUGAAUCUUUGGGUAACGUUGAAUUGAGUCAAAAGGCAAGAGUUAGAAGAAGAUCAUCCUACGCUUUCACCUCUGUUGAUCAAAGCUCAGUACUAUCUCGUUCAGGUGGUAGAAAGUUCGUCUUGUCUCUUAUUGAAACUGUAUAUGAAGAAGUUUUGGAACUAGAGGCAAAUUUGAGAAGUGGUAAACCAAUAGAUAACAAGAAUUUGUGGGAUGCUCUACAUAUUAACGAUGAAUUAUAUGAGGUUUGUCCAUUUAUUUCCAUGUUAUCCUUUGAUAAAGGUGUUAAGAUUAUGCCAAGAAUCUUUAAUUUCUUGGAAAAAGACCAAAAAUUAAAAUUGUUACAAACAUUCUUCUCCGAAUUAUCUCAUUUGAACAUAAUUAUUAUCAGUUCUUACAAGACAAAUCCGGAACCAACAGAGUUCCAAUUAAAGCAAAUCGAUGUAUUCCAAACUGUGUUCCUAAAGAUUAUCGUUUCAUUCUUAUCUAGUAGUUCCAAUUUCAUUGAAAUAAUGGGUCUAUUGUUGCAUCUAAUCAAGAACAACAACGUAUCCUUCAUCUCCACUUCAAAGAUUGGUCUAAACUUGAUCACUGUUUUAAUUUCCAGAGCUGCUUUAAUUAGACAAGACACCAAUAGAAACAACAUGCUUUCUUCCCCAGAGAUCUCCACCUGGAACGAAAUUUACGACAAGCUAUUCACUGCCCUUGAAAGUAAACUGGCUGCAGUGUUCCCUCCAAAGGAAUAUAUACAGAAGGUAAACAGUGUUCAUCUGAAGGGUCAUGCAACUCCAAGUGCUAGUCCUCAACAUUACGAUCAAGCUUAUAUAUGGCAGUUCCUUGCCUCCUUGGCGCUAAGUGGUAAGUUGAACCAUCAACGUAUCAUCAUUGAUGAAGUCAGAGAUCAAAUCUUCGGAACUAUUACUGAGGCUGAACAAUUAAAGGAAAAUGCCAAGACACCUAACGAAUCUGAUGACGAUCUGGUGUACAGACGUGAGAAGCUAUACCAGGAUCUAAACUUAUUCUUAAAUGUCAUGGGUUUAGUCUCCAGAGAUGGUGAAAUCAGUGAACUCAAGUGA